UUUGUGCCUGCCGACUGAUUCGCCUAUCCCAUACAGCAAUCCCAUCCACGGCAAAGACACGCUUUUUGCGGAAGGAAAAUCUUUUCUUCUUUUUUUAAAGCGAAAACCAACAUACAUGUUGGAGCUGGAGAAAAGCCGCAGCUGUGUCCUUUUUGUGUUUUCCUCUCGCCACUGAUUGAAAGAAGGAAGCAGAGAGAGAGAGGGAGAGAAGGUGCGGGUUCUGGGGUCGAUUUGUCAAUGUGAUUAGGUAAACGUCGUUUCAAGUGCACGCAUUCACUUGACCUUUAUCUCUUUCUCAACAGAAGUAGACCCGUUUCUUCUGUUCUGCAACGCGCGGAUCCUUGAACACAUAUACACGUAUACACGUUGUUGUUUUUUCAGGAAAACUGCUAACUUUCUAUUUAAACAUAAAAAUAUCAGAGAGCUUUUUUUCCCCUUCAAACAGUUUCGAGGUGAUGUAAUCGUUCUGUGUUUUGGUUGGUAUUGUGUCGGAGCUCUGGGAGGACUGCAGCCAGGCAACUUGCGGCUGAGACAGACGGGGAAGUCAGGGAAAUCAGGUGCAGAGAGCGGCUUUCAUUUCCGUGCUGUCGCGGGUGGCUGGGUCCGCCACCCAGUCACAGCUGUUCCCAUCCUCUCCAAUUCCCCCUCCCUCUAUCACUACAUCCCUCCUCUCUCUCACUCCCCCUCACCUCUUCCCUUUCAUUCAACUCUCUCCAUCUCCCUCUGAGCUGGACCGCUCCGUGCUUUUCUCCACUCUACUGGACACUGUUGUUCGGUGUCCCCCGGGCCAGAGACUUCGUGACCCAUCGUGCGGUAGUAGCCAUGACCGAGCCCGCCCUGCAGCACCCGGCGCCCGCAGAGCCCCCUACUCCACGCCGCCCUCGCCUCCAGCCCGUCCAGGUACCCCGCCUCCCACAGCGCCUUACCUUGCCUCGCAGGGACUAGAGACCUCUUUCUGCGUCUCAUAUCUUCAAAUUCGUCUAAUGUGGAAUUCUCUCAGAAGAAAGUUAUUGACCUAGUAUAAGCCUUAUUGUAGCACCAAAACACCAGGACGAACGUGAAUUACACAUAACGUAGCGGGGGAGUCGAUUGGACUUCAGCAGCUGUCAGCCGUGACGGCGCUUUCACCUGUUCCUCUCAAGCCCGGAGGCUACAGCUGUUUGAUGCCCUAACCUCUCCCCGCGCUCCGCCCCUCCCCGCGCUCCACCAGCCAUAGUGACAGCCAAGAAAGGUAGCCCUCUGGUCACAGUGGCACGGCCACCCCGCCCCGCCACACCCCACCCACCGCAAGCCGAUGCCAACGAGAGUGUCUGCUGACUCUUUGACCCUCCACUCCAUCCAACGGAUUAUAAACACACAAGUGAACUCUCCGGACUGUCGGACCGGCUCUGACCGACAAGGAGACUGACUCUGGGCGAAGUUCCGUAGUGGAGGGGGGAAGAGAUGCGGUCCCUUCUCUCCACGCUCGCUGUCUUAUGUAUCCAGAUGUUGCUGGUGAUGUGCAAUCCAUUGCAGCAGGUGUUUGGCGUGGAUGGGGUUAACUUCAGCGUGCACGUGGAGAACCAGACCCGGGUGAGAGACGCUAUGAGCCGGCGGCACCACCGGGUCUACCAGCUCUACAGCCGCACCAGCGGCAAACACGUCCAGGUGCUGGGUAGACGCAUCAGUGCCCGCGGAGAGGACGGAGACAAAUAUGCCCAGCUUGUAGUGGAGGCUGACACCUUUGGUAGCCAGGUGAGAAUCCGCGGCAAAGAGACCAACUUCUACCUGUGCAUGAACCGCCGCGGCAAGCUGGUGGGAAAGAAGGCCAGUAAUAAAAGUGAAGACUGCGUUUUUGUAGAAAAGGUUCUGGAGAACCACUACACCGCACUAAUGUCGGCGCGAUACACCGGCUGGUACGUGGGCUUCACCAAGCGGGGGCGCCCUCGCCGCGGCCCCCACACGCUGCCCAACCAGCAGGACGUCCACUUUAUGAAGCGCUUCCCACCCGGGGAGUACCCCGAAACCACGCCCUUCCGCUUCACAACGGUCAACAAGAGGAGUAAGAGGGUCCGUGCCCCUGGGACCCGCUAGCAGAUAACGGCUAGCAUCCAUCUACUGCCCAUUGCCUGUACCUGUUUAUCCAAUAACCACUAAUGGGAUAACAUUGACCCUUCCUCUGGACUUUAAUACAUGAUAAGUGGCUAAUUAGCGCAAUUGGACCCGGCUAACAUCCACUGCACCUGUUCCUGAAGCUAAUAGAUAAUGGACCAGUGCUACACAAACACUCCUUACCACCUGACCCCACCUACUGGGACAACAUGUACUCUGCUCCAGACCCUGGCUGGUAGGCCUACUAACUGGGCUAGUACCACAGUACACGCACUAACUUGACACUUGUCCCUACUAGCUGUCACUGCCCCAGGCUUCACUAUUUCUAUCCAUUGACUGAAGGCCACUAAUAAUAACUUUAUUUGUAAAGCGCUUUUCAAUACAAGUAACAAAGUGCUUCACAUCAUAAAAUAAUCAAAUGAAAGUACUAACAAAAUAGAACAAGCCUAUAGCCCUGCUACUAGCCCGUCGAGGAAGGCCCAGAAGCUAUGACAAGGCCCCUGAAAGGUAGCUAAACUGACGCCCAGGCUUUCCACCUUAUGUAGGCCUCGUUUCCCUCCAACCCCACGCUUGAACAGAACGGUGCUAUUGCACUGUCCCUUAGCAGUGGCCAGUUAAGCUCUGCUUUAGAACAAACAUACGAAAACUGGUCACUUGGCUGGUUUAGCACGCAUCUCUGCGUUAAGGUAAAUGUGAUUGCUCUGAUAAAACAAGAAUGACUUCAGUGUGUUUAAACUCCUUAAACUCCGUUUGAGGGUUAAAAUGUAGCUAAGCUAGCGACACUGCAAUAGCCCCAACCUUUUUCACAGACUUGGACCAGAGCAGCUAUCCAACACUGUCCAGGACUGGAUGAUCGCCAUUGAUGGACCGAAAGACAGCGAGACGAGAGACAGACAGAAGGAAGGACCGACGGACAGACUGACAGAGAGGGGGACAGACAGGGGGGACAGACUGGAGGUCUAUGGGACAGUGGCACCAUGAGAGAAACAGUGGAGCAACAGGUGGACAAACAGGAAACAGGAAACAGGAAGAGGAACACAGGAAGUCAGUGGAGUGGAGAUCAAGCCACAGAACAGAACAGGCCAGAAUGGCACCGUGGUGGAAUGGAUGGACUGCUUUGGACGCACUUCUCUCUGUCUCACCCCCCUGGCGAGGAGAAUCUGUGUGAAUGAACGUAUGUAUAUUGUGUGAGUGUAUGUGUCAGUGUAAGGGCACCAAAGACCAUUUGUGAAGCUGUUUGGGGGGAAUCUGCAGAGUGACUAGAUUAGCCCUGUAUAACCUCCCCCAACAACUCACUAAAGGGACUGAAGCUUUAAGAACCAGAAUGUACAAACCAAGCUGCACCAAAAAUAAACAAACUCUAAUGACCACCAAAGACAACUGGAGACCAGCAACAUAUCAACUCCCCAAGUCCCAACCCCAGGACAGAAUUCUCUCUUCUUAUAGGACCAGAGGGUGAUGACGGUGGCAUGGGGCGAGGGUGCCUUCUCUUCAUAUUAGCGUUGCUAUAGAAACGACCCAGGGGAUGACGCUCCUGUGCGAUACCAUGGAUACAGAAUGCUGCUACCAGGACAUUCAGUAAAGCACCAAAGUCUCAUACACAAAAUAUUAAAGGGAACAAUUUAUUAAAAGUUAUAUAUAUAAAGAUGACAAAAAAAACGAAAUAAGCAAUCUUACUAUGAUUGUCACUAUAAUUGUUAUUAUUAUUAUAAAAUUAUUUUCAUUUAUUUAUUUCAGCUCUGUUUGCAGAAGUCAUUCUAAAGUCAGUAAA